ACCCUCUUCUACCAAAAAAAAACAAUUCACCCUUGCACACCUUUUGGCAGUUCUACCGUGUCCUUAUGAUCUCCUCCUGAAAGCAGUGAAACCUCAGCUUCCUCUCUCGUCCACACGCUGAUCUCCAGCCCAAUCCUCAUCCUUAACCCUGUCAUCCAUUGCUCCAUCCGCCAUGCUUCCAACUCCGCCACCUCCCGACCAUGUCCUCCUCUCUCUCCUCCGCCCUCUCGCCACCACCACCACCUCCUCCUCCUCCCUCUCCAUCGGACUCACCCCGCCACCGCCAUCACUUCCUCCCCUUCCUCGCCGCCACCUCCACCGCCGACCUCCCCUCCGCCCAUCUCCCCCACCCACCCGCCCCCACCACCUCUUCCUAUAACACCCUCAUCCGCUCCCUGUCCCGCUCCCGCGACUGCAAGCCCCUCGCCCUUCGCCUCUACCGUCGGAUGCUCUUCGACGGCACAGCAGCCCCGCCAGACAACUUCACCUUUCCUUUCGUCCUCAAGGCCGCUGCCUUCCUCUCCGCCUUCUUGGAGGGCACCCAGAUCCACACCCACAUCCUUAAGCUCGGCUUCGCCUCGGAUACGUACGUCUGCAAUAGCCUCAUCCAUUUCUACGCCUCCUGCGGCCGCCAAUCUCUCGCUCGCAGACUGUUCGAUAGAAUGCUCCGAAGAACGCGCGUCUCUUGGAACGUUACCAUCGACGGAUACGUCGCAAAUGGGGACUACGACACCGCCUUGGACCUCUUCAGAGAGAUGCAGAGAUCGUUCACACCGGACGAGUACACUCUUCAGAGCGUCAUCUGCGCUUGUGGGGGAAUCGGGUCUCUGUCUCUGGGGAUGUGGGCUCAUGCCUUUAUAUUCAAAAACUUUGAUGACAAAGUGGUGAAUGAUGUUCUGAUAAACAAUUCGUUGCUCGACGCGUACUCAAAAUGCGGGUCGAUAACCAUCGCUCGUCAAGUGUUUGACAGAAUGCCCACGCGGGAUGUGACCUCGUGGAAUGUGAUGAUUCUUGGGCUUGCAAUGCAUGGCCAUGUCGAUGAGUGCUUCGAGGCCUUUGCACGAAUGUCGGAAGUGGAGAAAUUGAAGCCCAAUUCGAUCACAUUCGUUGGCAUCCUGAGCGCAUGCGACCAUGGAGGUUUGGUGGAUGAGGGUAGAAAAUAUUUUGAUUUGAUGGUUACCGAGUUUGGGAUUGAACCAAGAAUUGAGCACUACGGCUGCAUGGUGGAUCUUCUUGCUCGAGCGGGGUUGAUAGAUGAAGCUCUAGACCUUGUGUCGAACAUGCAAUGCAAGCCCGAUGCAGUGAUUUGGCGGAGUCUUCUCGAUGCUUGUUGCAAGAGAAAUGCAGGAGUUGAGGUCAGUGAGUCGGUGGCCAGACGGGCUCUAGAAUUUGAGGAUGUCGGCACAAGCGGUGUUUAUGUUCUCCUGUCGAGAGUUUAUGCCUCGGCAAACCGGUGGGAUGAUGUAGGUUUGGUUCGGAAGCUAAUGAUUGAUGAGGGGAUCAGAAAAGAGCCAGGCUGCAGUUCGAUCGAGAUGGAUGGUGUUGUUCAUCAUUUUCUUGCUGGCGAUACCUCGCAUCCUCGAUCGGGAGAAAUAUAUGGGAUGCUUCAUGAAGUAGAAAACAAGCUUGCAUUGGUUGGGUAUAAACCGGACUCCUCGCAGGCACCAAUGGUGGCUGAGUUUGAUGAUGCGAAAGAAGACUCGUUACGCUUCCACAGUGAGAGGCUAGCUAUAGCUUUCGGGCUGCUUAACAGGGCGCCAGGGACCCCAAUUAGGAUAUUGAAGAACCUGAGGGUGUGCAGAGACUGCCACGCCAUUACUAAACUGAUUUCACAGGAGUACAAUGUGGAGAUCAUCGUGAGAGACCGAACUAGAUUUCACCAUUUCAGAGAUGGUUUGUGUUCUUGCAUGGACUAUUGGUGAUGGUUGGAGUCAAGUCUUAUUACAUAACGAGGCUCAAGCUGCUAAUUGCUGGAGUCAUUGUUGAGUGGCUGAACGAGUCUCCGAUAAAAUGAAAUAAAACUGUAAACAAACGUCUAUAUGAUCUGCACUGAAUAUAAUCAGAAUGCUGACGGUUAAUUUGGUUUA